GAAACAUCGGCUUAUAUUCUCUCGCGUCUGAACACAGGCCUAUGACACUCCGGUAACUACCGAGGCGGCUCAAUCAACAUUUCAUGAUUUCAUUGAAACUGGCAACAUAAAAGGAGACGUAAAAGUUUCUGACAAUGUUGCGGGCAAUACUUGUUGUCGCCGUCGCUUUUACGACAGCGGUUGUCAGCGGAGAGUGGUGCGGGUCCUUCAGCUGUCCGCGUUCGUACGACAGCCCCGAUCAGAAAUGGUGCUGUGCGACCAACCGUUGCUGUGAUGGCAGCAAGGAGCAGUGGACUUGGACACGGUCAAAUUUCAGCCUCUGGCCGAUUUUUACUGUCGUGGGUUUCCUCGUCGCCGCCAUCUCCAUUGCCUGUCGCUGCUACUUUCUGAGAAAGCACAGUCGGAGGAACCAAUCACAGGCGGCACCUGUGGCGCAGCCCGUGCAGAACCUACCGGGCCAGUAUCCCCUGUACCCCCCUACACAGCCUCCUGCCUACCCACAGCACCCACCUGGACAACCCCCACCCUACCCACAGCAACCUCCACCCUACCCACAGCAACCCCCACCCUACCCACAACAACCCCCACCCUACCCACAACAACCCCCGGGCUUCGACAACCCAGCCUACCCACAAAAUCCUCCAGCUCCAGAUGCUCCACCCAAGAUGUAGUUACGUGCGGCCAGUUGCCGCGUGAUUCACCAUUGCAAGGAUUUUGUCGUAGACUGUAUGUUAUGAAGAGUAGAUCAUGAAGAGAGAGAUGUUUCCCCAUUUCGUGAAUUUGAAUUUUGUCAUAUCGAUUUAGACUGCCGGGCAGCAGACAGUGAGGAAUGGAAGCAUGUAAGUGUAGUUUGUCUUCAGUUGCUUUCAAGAAAGAAGCCAAAACACAGCAAUAUCAGAUUUCGACAAUAAUUAUCAAUAUCUGAACUAAAGUACCCGCAUAUGCAUGUCUCACAAUGGUGCUGAUUACUUAUUCAAUGUAUUUAUCGUACUGCAGCUAUCUGCAAGUACAGCCUGCUCAAGAAAUUUCUCUAAAUGUAUCAUUGUAAUACAUCAAGUAAAGCUCGUAGAAUACAUCAUCCGCCAUGGCAUAAUAACUCUACAAGUAACACCAAAAGGCACUAGGACUCAAUAAAAGCAAAAGUGUU